AUGGACAUUCAAAGUGAGAGAGGUCAGGUUAUAAAAAAAAAAUUGGGGGAUUCGGGGGCGGGUUUGGGGGAUAGUCAUCCGAUGGGUAUAGGGACGGGGAUUCUCCGGAACCUCUUAAACGGGGAUGGGAUCGAGGACGAGGGUGGGGAUGGUAUUGCAUACACAGCUCCUACCCGACCUGUUGCCAUCCCCAUGCACACAUGA